UUGUGGGGCAUUUUAUUUUCUUCUAUCGAUCCACAGAUUACAGAGAAAUAUCUUCUUUUUAAAGCAUAUAUCUCUGGUUAUAUCGGAAUGCAACAUACUUAAGACAUCAGUUCAGAGAUUUGAGAUCUCUUCGUUUCCAAAAUCUCCCUCUGUUAAGCGAUCAGCACUGCUACGUUUUUCUUCUCUUGUCAAAUCUGAAGAACAGGGUUUUAAAGAUGAACGACCUAAUGACAAAAUCCUUCGUCAGCUAUGUGGACCUGAAGAAAGAGGCCACGAAAGAUCUUGAAGCUGGUCCUGACCCUGAUCUAGAGAUGGGAACUGUAAACCAGAACCUCAACUUGUUCCUUGAAGAAGCAGAGGACAUCAAGAAGGAGAUGGGAUUCAUCCGUGAAGUGCUGGUCAGGCUACAAGAAGCCAAUGAAGAAAGCAAGUCUUUGCAUAAUCCUGAGGCCUUAAAGUUAAUGCGAAGCCGGAUCAACACUGACAUUGUUACUUUGCAGAAAAAGGCUAGGACAAUAAAGUCACAGCUUGAGGAGAUGGACCAUGCCAAUGCAGAGAACAGACGCCUCUCCGGCUACAAAGAAGGAACCCCUAUAUACAGAACUAGGGUUGCAGUCACCAAUGGUUUGCGCAAGAAGUUGAAGGAUCUUAUGAUGGAUUUCCAGGGUUUGAGGCAGAGAAUGAUGACUGAGUAUAAGGAAACUGUUGGGAGAAGAUACUUAACGGUAACUGGAGAAAACCCAAGUGAGGAAAUCAUUGAUAAGAUCAUCUCUGAUGAGAAUGGGGGCGAGGAGUUUUUAGCAAGGGCAAUACAGGAGCAUGGAAGGGGGAAGGUGUUAGAGACUGUGGUGGAGAUACAAGACAGGCAUGAUGCGGCCAAAGAGAUAGAGAAGAGCUUGUUGGAGCUGCACCAAGUGUUCUUGGACAUGGCGGUGAUGGUGGAGGCACAAGGGGAGCAGCUGGAUGAUAUUGAGCACCAUGUUCUUAAUGCUAGCCACUAUGUAAAAGAUGGUGCGAAGGAGCUCCAGACUGCUAGGGGGUACCAGAGGAACAGCAGGAAGUGGAUGUGUGUGGGAAUUAUACUUCUGCUGUUUAUCAUUCUUGUGGUAAUAAUCCCGAUCGCGACAAGUUUGAGCAGCUCUUGAAUUGUGCAAUUAUUUGCGUGUUGCACUACCUGCAAUUAUCAUGUAAAACAUUACCAUUUCAGAAACAUUCAUUUUUCAGUUGUGGUUCCUGUUGUUGUUCUUGCUCUU